UUUAACAUUUCGUAAGAGGAGAUAUAGUGAACGAUUUAAAACUUUGUGAAACAAUAACACUAAGGAUUGCUACAGGUAAAGCAUGGCUGUCUCUGGAAGGAAAGCAUCAACACAAGUUCCAUCAUCAAUAUACAAGGCAUCUGAAGAAGAGCUUGAAGUUUACUGCCAGCCUUGUGAAAAGGAAGAAACUAGACUCCCUGCCCGCGGUUACUGCACUAAUGGUAGGGAAAACCUUUGCAAGACAUGUUUUACAGUGCACAAAAAACACGAACUGACCAGACACCAUAUACUUCAAGAUGCAUCAAGUAUUCCUACAUCAUUGCAGCAACCCUCAACAUCCACCAAUACAGGUCAGUCUAAUGAUCAGACCAUAACAUGUUUAAAGCAUCAAAAAGAAAUUAUUGGGUUCUACUGUCAUAACCAUGAAAAAAUACUUUGCAUGGUUUGUUUUACUCUUGAACACCACACUGCUUCCUGCAAAGUUGACUUUAUAUCCGAUAUUUCUGGCAAUACAAUAGACAGCAAACACUAUCAAGCUGUCACAAAAGAAAUAAAUAAUACUUUGAACCAAUUUCAAUUCAUAGUAGAGGACGUUAAGAAAACAACCCACAAUUCCAAAAGAUCGAUUGAAGAUGCUUUGGCAGACAUUAAAACUUUUCGGGAGCAGAUCAACCAAAGACUAGAUAAACUGGAGAGUCAAGCUGAAAGGAUUAAACAAAAAAGAAAGAAACAUUUGAAUGAAGUAGAAACAACAAGUGAAGAUGUAACCAAGUCUCUUAUGGAAACAUCAGAAAAAAUUAAACAAUUCAAUAAAUCUAAGCAAGCUGAUAACCUCUUCAUCGAACUCAAACUUGCUGAACAAGUAUUGAACGAUGUCAAGGAAAAAUCACUACAAAUCUUAUCAUAUAAUGUCAAAAAAUACAGAUUUAAACCGAAUGGAGAAAUACUCAAUCAGCUAAAAGCAAAAAAGUCUUUGGGUGCAAUCCAACAGAAAACAGUAAAUACAGAAACUAAAUUUGAACAAAUAUAUGAGGGCCUUGAUGGUCCUGAAACUCACCAUGACAAGGAAAAAAAAAUAUUGUAAACUAUAAACAAAUGCAGAUAAAAAUCUAAAUCUUAAACUGAUAUCACAAAGUUCAUAUUUGUAUCUGAAAUAGUGCAUGUGUAAAAACAUAGCUGGUUGUUAUUGCUUAGGGAAAAAAACAGUUACAAAAGAUGUGUACAUACCAAGGAAAAUCAAUGAACCCCUGGGGACCAAUUUUGACCCCAGUGCUUUUAUUUGAACAAGCUUGGUAGCACUCACUAGAAGAUGUUUCAUGCUAAAUAUCUAAGCUCCAGCCUCUUUACCUUUUUUAAAAGAAGAUUAUUUAAGUUUUUACAUUAUACAUAUUAUGAAAAAUCAAUAACUCCCUUGGAUAGGCCAACUUUGACCCCAGGAUAUUUAUUUGAAAAAACUUGGUAGACGCCCAUUGGAAGGUUUUUCAUGCU